AUGUUGCCAAACGUAGACACGAAAGAUCAUAAUUUCAUUGUUAUUGCUCUGGAGUUCGUGUUGACACUGGAAAUUCUUAUGACAAUUAAAAACAACGAAAUGCUAGUUUAUGAUGCAUACGCAAACUUCAAACAUCGGAUUCUAACAGAAAGCUCAAUUUCGUGGCGAUGUGUUUUAUCUAAAUGUAAUGGCCGUGUGCGCACUUUCCAAGAUAACGUCACUAUCAUAAAUGAACACAGUCAUUUUCCCGAUCCAGCCGAUAUUGAAAAACGAAAAUUUAGGACAGCUCUCAAAACAGGAGCAGUUGUUUCAGAUGAGCCACCCCGUCAAACAAUUCUUUCCGUCCAAAGAGACAUCAACAGAGAGACUGCAGCAGUAAUCCCGAGCUAUUCUGACAACCAGAGGACAAUUAACAGAGUCAAACAGGAAAAACGGCUCAGAAUGCAGGAACCCCAAUCCCUAACUGACUUUGAGCUGGCAGAGUUGCUGAAAGUGACACACAGCGGCAAGCGUUUCCUUCAUUUUGACUCUGGACCUAAUGAUACCAAGCGAAUAAUGGUAUCCACCGCUCUUCCGGGACUCGACCUUCUCAGUGGCGCUGAUGAUUGUUUCUGCGAUGGCACCUUUUCUACGGCCCCGAGUGUGUUCUUUCAGAUAUACACCAUCCAUGCUUCAGUCGAGGGAAUUCUGAUUCCUAUUGUGUAUGCAUUGCUUCCAGACAAGAAAGAAGAAACGUAUUUUCGCUUUUUGAGCUGCUUCGACAUCGAAUGCCCUAAACGAGCCACCAUUGAUUUCGAAAUAGCGGUCAAAAAUGCGUUCAAUUCAGUAUUCAAAAAUGUACAAAUUCAAUACUGUUAUUUCCAUUUGAGCCAAAGCGUCUGGCGUCCCAUUCAGACUACUGGGAACACAAACAACUACAGACUAGAUCUGGAAUUCCGAGAGCAUGUCCGAAUGCUGCUGAGUAUCGCUUUCGUGCCUGUAAGUGAUGUUUCUACUGCUUUCGAAACUCUUCAGAAGACAUGCCCUGAGACUGCCCACCCAAUCUUCAAUUACUUUGAGGACAAUUACUUUGGUCGGCUCUCGGCGGCAAAUGGAACUCGUCAAAACCCCAGAUUUGACGUUGAAAGCUGGAGUUGUCAUCAACGUGUAAUAACCGGGCGACCCAGAACCAACAAUGCUGUUUAA